CUGGACAGCGACCCGUGGCUGGGCCCCGCCGCCCAGUACGACGGGGGCCGGUACUGGAACCGCUUCCGAGACGAUGAUUAUUUCAGGAACUGGAAUCCCAACAAGCCCUUUGACCAAGCGCUGGACCCGUCCAAGGACCCCUGCCUGAAGGUGAAGUGCAGCCCUCACAAAGUGUGUGUGACCCAGGACUACCAGACGGCGCUCUGUGUCAGCCGCAAGCACCUGCUGCCCAGGCAAAAGAAGGGCGGCGCGGCCCACCAACCCUGGGUGGGUCCCUCGAGUCUGGUCAAGUGCAAGCCCUGCCCCUCGGCGCAGUCAGCCAUGGUCUGCGGCUCGGACGGCCACACCUACACCUCCAAGUGCAAAUUGGAGUUCCAUGCUUGCUCUAUAGGCAAAAGCCUCAGCAUCCUCUGUGAUGGGCCCUGUCCGUGUCUCCCAGAGCCUGAGCCUCCCAAGCCCAGGGCAGAGAAGAACGCUUGCACCGACAAGGAGUUGAGGAACCUUGCUUCCCGGCUGAAGGACUGGUUUGGAGCUCUUCACCAGGACGCCAACAGAGUCAUCAGACCCACCAGCUCCAACGCGGCCCCGGGCAGGUUCGACACCAGCAUCCUGCCCAUCUGCAAGGACUCCCUGGGCUGGAUGUUCAACAAGCUGGACAUGAACUACGACCUGCUGCUGGACGCCGCCGAGAUCAACGCCGUCUACCUGGACAAGCACGAGCCCUGCAUCAAGGCGCUCUUCAACUCCUGCGACUCUUUCAAGGACGGCAAGCUCUCCAACAACGAGUGGUGCUACUGCUUCCAGAAGCCCGCAGGUCUCCCUUGCCAGAAUGAAAUGAACAGAAUUCAGAAGCUGAGCAAGGGGAAAAGCCUGUUGGGUAAGUUCAGUUUCUUGUCACUUGCUCAAGCAACUAAUUACACUGUGCAUGUCUCUUACGGUGUUCAGCACCGCAGGGGCCGCUCAGCUGGGGCCGAAAGCCAUCGGGAAGAUGACCUACAGCUGAACGACACACGGAUCCACACCACACUUCCCAUGAGCAGCCUGAACACAGACAGCCCAGUGUUUGUGGACAGCCCGGUGUUUGUGGACAGCCCGGUGUUUGCGGAUGGACAGACAGCCCGGUGUUUGUGGACGGCCAGCCAGCCCGGUGUUGGCGGAUGGACAGACAGCCCGGUGUUGGCGGCUGCGGCUUUGAGCAGCGUCCGUUCCCAGCGCCGGCGCCCGGCGACCACAGCUGAGCCUGGAACCUUCUGA